GGCCAACGAGUAUUGAAAGCUGUGAAGGUUGCACAACAAUUUCGUUAAUGGGCAAUAAACUAGCAGAACUUCCUGAAGGAUUGGUAUGUCCACAGCUCAAAGUUCUAUUAUUAGAACUGGAUGAUGGUAUGAAUGUUCCAGAUAAGUUUUUUGAAGGGAUGAGAGAAAUUGAAGUUCUGUCUCUGAAGGGAGGGUGUUUGUCAUUGCAAUCACUUGAACUCUCAACGAAACUUCAAUCGUUGGUGUUGAUCAGGUGUGGAUGCAAGGACCUCAUUUGGUUGAGAAAGCUGCAGAGACUUAAGAUUCUUGUUUUUCAGUGGUGCUUAGACAUUGAAGAAUUACUUGAUGAAAUAGGAGAGCUCAAGGAGUUAAGGUUGUUGGAUGUGACAGGUUGUGAAAGGCUAAGAAGGAUCCCUGUGAAUUUGAUUGGAAGGUUGAAGAAGUUAGAAGAGCUGUUGAUCGGGGAUUACAGCUUUGAGGGAUGGGAUGUUGAUGGAUAUGACAGCACAGGAGGAAUGAAUGCAAGCCUAACAGAACUAAAUUCGUUGUCUCAUUUAGCUGUAUUAUCAUUGAGGAUACCGGAGGUUGAAAGCAUUCCCAGAGAUUUUGUUUUCCCAGACUGCUCAAAUAUGAUAUAAUUUUAGGGAAUUAUAAUCCAUUUAUAAGGGAUCCAGUAGGAUACCCAACCUUGACAAGAUUACAUUUGGAUAAUACAAGCGCCACGUCCUUAAAUGCAAAGAUAUUGGAGCAGUUGUUUCCUACUGUGUCUCAAAUUGUUUUUAGGAGAGUGGAGGUUUUAAAAAAUACAGUAUUGUUUUCUGAUCAUGAGCAGCAAAACGGCUUCUUCCAGAGAAUAGAAUUUGUAGAAAUGUGGCAUUGUGAGGAUAU